AUCAGAGGACCAUCACUAGUCAAACCGUCUGCCAUUUUGAUCAGAAGUACUUUGCGCAGUAGACUGUGUAUACUGGCUCUCCGGGAUAUACAGCGGUUCUACGAAUAAAGGUUACGCGCUUUUUAGGCAAAAUGCUCUCCGCAGCCCAGUUACUCGACGAGUUAAUGGGCCGAGACAGAAACUUGGCCCCCGACGAGAAGCGGUCCAACGUCCGGUGGGACGACGAGAGUGUUUGUCGAUACUAUUUGUGUGGAUUCUGUCCAGCCGAACUAUUCACAAACACCCGCUCUGACUUGGGUCCCUGUGAGAAAAUCCACGAUGAAAAUCUUAGGAAAAUGUAUGAGAAAAGUUCCCGGUUCAUGAAGGAGGGCUAUGAGCGAGAUUUCCUUCGCUAUCUGCAGUCGCUGCUGGCAGAAGUGGAAAGACGUAUCCGUAGAGGACAUGCCCGACUCGCACUCUCCCAGGCUCAGCAGAACGCAGGGCAGGGCCCUGGUCCAUCAGGAAAGAAUGAGGAGAAGGUCCAGGUUCUAACGGAGAAGAUUGAAGACCUAGUUGUACAGAUUGAGGAAUUGGGGUCUGAAGGCCGAGUGGAGGAGGCCCAGGGAAUGAUGAAGCUGGUGGAGCAGCUGAAGGAGGAGAGGGAGCUGCUCAGCUCCACCCCCUCGACCAUCGAGAGCUUUGCCGCCCAGGAGAAACAGAUGGAGGUGUGUGAAGUGUGUGGAGCCUUCCUCAUUGUGGGUGAUGCACAGUCCCGAGUGGACGACCACUUGAUGGGAAAGCAGCAUAUGGGCUAUGCCAAAAUUAAAUCUACUGUAGAGGAGCUCAAGGAAAAACUGCGCCGACGUUCCGAAGACCCUCAAGGCGAAAACCCGGCACUCAGGCGGGACAGAGAAGAGCGAGAGCGUGAGAGGGAGGAAAGGGAGAAAAAGCGCAAAGAGGAGGAAGAGAAGGAGAAAGAACGGGAGAAGGAGCGGGAGAAGGAGAGGGAACGAGAGAGAGAACGGGAGCGUGAGAGGGAGAGAGACAGAGAACGGGACAGAGACCGGGAGAGAGACAGGAGGGCACGACGAAGCCACUCCAACAGCCGCCACUCCAGUCGGGCAUCAGACAGGAAACGGAGCAGAUCCCGUGAUCGGCGGAGGUCCAGGAGCAGAGAUAAGGACCGCGAGAGGGACCGAAAACGCAGCAGGAGCCGGGACAGAGAGAGGAGGCGCAGUCGUGAUCGCUCCGACAGAAAACGUCGCUCACGUAGUCGUGACAGGAGAAGGUCUCGCAGCUCAGAUCGCAAGUCCCACCGCCACCGCAGCCGUAGUCGCAGCAAGGACAGAGACAGAGAACGGUCAUCGAAAGACAAAGACCGUAAGGCGACUGAGGAAAGGAGCAGCUCUAAGAAAGACAAGCACUCUGACGGCGAUGCAGCGGCCAUCAAGGCUUCAUCAGAAGUGGAACCGAUGCAGACGGAGGCGGCUGCCUCCUCCCCUCUGCUUAACGGCCAGCAAGAGCUCCUCCAUUCUGAAGGUGACACUCAGUCCAAUUAAAACUGAUCUGAUAGGACCUCAGAUCAGGCUCAGGUAAGUGUGCCCUCCUCCUCGCUCCCCCCUGGCUCUCAACCCAACCCUCCACCCUCUCACUCCCCACCCCACCUCUCCCAUCUCCCCUUACCCACCCUCUCACCCCUCCCACCCUGUUUAUGUUCAGUUCAAUGCCUAUGAUUUUGUCUUAUGUACUCUAUGCAAAUAUCUUUAUCCUGUUUUUGAAUAGUGCAUCAUAAGUAUGCACUGAAGAUGAAGGACUAGGCCCGAUGAAUGAGAAGAAGGUAGAAAACAUUCACACAAAGCCAAGAGGGAAAGGCCAGUGUAGCCCUGAGCAAACAUGCCCGGAGGUACCCCUCGUUUUGUAUCGGUUUUUGAUCCUUAUAGAUGUAUUUUUGUCUUUGUGGACAAAAUGGCAGAAAAAACCUAAUCCAAUCGAAAUUUCCUACCUGUAUUUACCUGUUUUUAUUUUAUUUUUGUUUUAUUUUUUACUUUGAAGUAGGAAAAUGUAAUUAUUGCUGUUUGUUGAGAUAUCACAUUCCAUAUAGGGAGGAAAUUCACUCUCUGUAUCUCCAUGUUUAUUUAUCUGGGAGAUUUCUCCAGAGCAUAGCACACAGACGUACAUUUAGCCUUCGUUAAAGGUAAAUGUGACAAACAAGCCAUUUAUUCUGCCGAAAUUAUAACUCAUAUGCAAUGGAUUUGUUGUCCAGCUUCCUGUGCCUGAUCAUGCCAUGCAGUGUGUGUUUGGGGGGUGUCAUAGCACCGGGGGCCUAACGUCACUAACUAACUGGAGGGUAGGGUUUAUCGAAUGAAUUACAGCUGACUUCCAUACCUCACACAGCGUUGGUGUUGUGAGCGAGACCACAUGAGAAAAGGGCAAAUUAAAAAUCAUGGAUACUCUCUGACUGUCAAACUGUGCAGGUACUCACCCCAGGUACUCCUUUCUCUACCCACAUCCAUUUCUCAAUACUGUUGCCUGUCAGAAAAGAAAAACACAAUAUUGUACUUCUGCAGUACAUGAACUUGAAAUAUUGACUCUGUAUAUUUUUUUAAAAUUGUGUUUUGUUGGUUUCUGUAUUUAUUAACUUUCAGACAUGUUUGGGAAUAAAAUCAUUUUAUAUAAAUGUCAAAGAUGCACAGACAGCCUGAUUGAUAUCCCCACGCCAACAGCUGGAAAUGUCACUGAUGUGUUUAUUUCUAAAUGGUAUUUUGUUCUACAGUGUUGUUUGGCUGUUUUAAUGUCACAUUUGUUCACUUUUUAGAAUGUCGUGACCUCCAACAGACACCAAAUCUGCUGCUUAAACAUGUCGGUGCGUUUUCACUUUGGCAAAGGGAAUAUCAAAUAGUUUGUCACUCAGUGUAGAUUUAGACUCGCUGUAGCUCGUGGAGUUUCUCAUCAAAUGUAAUGCAGUAAAAAAUGUGCAGAAAGUUAUUGAUCUGGACAAAUGCAGUCAAGACUUGAGAUGCAGUAUUACUAAAGUGGUACACUUUCCUCUGUGACUAAAUUGAGGGAUGCUUUUGUCUAGUAAAGGACUGUAGAUGAUGUUGUUGCUACAAACACAUGUGGUGGAACCUUUGCUAACGUCGCUUUCUGUGGACGUUUUUGCCCCACAGGGGAAGCUGGGAUAUCUGGUGGAGGAAGAAGUGGAAGAGUGCACCCAUCCUCACCCUGAACCUGACACGUCGCUGCUUAAAAACAAGGUGAACCACAAAUGCGUAGUGGCUUUAUUUAAAAACAUGAACAUAAAGUACACAUGUAAAAUGGGGAGAGAGGAAAAAGCCCGUUGAUUUGUUCCAUUUCCUGUCUUAUUUUUUGGCUGGAUGAGGGUAGUUGUGGUUCAUCUGAUGUUCAUCUGAUUUGUUGCUCUGGAUGUCAGUUCAGGCAUCUCUUUAAAUACCAAACUUAGACAAGUUCUUUAUGGGUUUUUGUUUUCUUAUUUUCUAAAUCUCCUUUCUUGACAUUUAGUGAAAAUGAAAUAAAAACAGUGCUUGUGGUCUGUAUUGGUUUGUCGGGUUCUACUUCACCUACUGACUCCUUUUUUAAGAGUCAGAUGAAAGCAUAUGUACAAUGUUAGACCUUUUCUCCUCCACUUAGAGCUCACAUUGGUUGCUCUUUUCCCGUAACUAAAAUAUUCUGAUUUAAUUUUGAACAAAAAGAUUUUGAAGACUGAAGAUUUGUUUAAUUUUGCCCUGAUUUUAAUGUCCAUGUUGUCAUGAUGAAUAAAAAGUCAAAACUUG